GGGACCUGCCGCGGCCACCUGCCCCGGCCCGGCUCACCAGCGCCCGCCGCCCUGCGAGGCUGCCUUCCAAGGAUUCCCGGUCUCUGUGCAUGUGAGGUGUGAAGGUGGGCAGACCCCAAAGAACGAAUCAUGGAUUUUGUUAUGAAACAAGCUCUAGGAGGGGCUACCAAAGACAUGGGGAAGAUGCUGGGUGGGGAUGAGGAGAAAGACCCAGAUGCUGCUAAGAAAGAAGAGGAACGACAGGAAGCCCUUCGGCAGCAGGAGGAAGAGAGGAAAGCCAAAUAUGCCAAGAUGGAGGCUGAAAGAGAAGUUAUGAGACAAGGCAUUCGAGACAAGUAUGGGAUAAAGAAGAAGGAAGAAAAGGAAGCAGAGGCCCAGGCUGCACUGGAAGCUAAUGCUGAAGGGAGUCUGACACGCCCAAAGAAGGCGAUCCCUCCUGGAUGUGGGGAUGAGGAGGAGGAAGAAGAGGAGAGCAUCCUAGACACAGUCAUCAAAUACUUACCAGGGCCCCUGCAGGACAUGUUCAAGAAGUAAUAGCUGCAGACUGUUAGAUGGGCAUAAACAGUACUGCAAAGGAUUUCUCUUUUGCCCAAUGGGGAUUUACAAUCUUGCCAUUCGUCCCGCAGUCCUCCCCACCUCUACUGCUCACUAGAGUCCCUUCGCUUCCCAUUCCCUUCCAACUGCCUCUUCCCCUUUCCUCCACCCCCAAGACUCAUCCAUUCCUUAAUUUUGUACAUAGUCACAUCCAGUAGAUGCCUCUGAAUGGAUGUAAAGAUCAAAAAGCUGCAGACUACACAACUUUUAUUAUAAGCCAUAGUACUAUGUAUGUUAAAUAAGGCAACUGCACAUCAAGCAUAGAAAAGGAACAAUCUCAUUUCCAUCCAAUGCAAGAAGGAGUGUUCACCAAG